AUGAAGACCCCAGACCCGCGACCCCACAUCCCAGACCCCAGACCCGCGACCCCACAUCCCACACCUGAGACCCGAGACCCCAGACCCGCGACCCCACAUCCCAGACCCCAGACCCGCGACCCCACAUCCCAGACCCCAGACCCGCGACCCCACAUCCCAGACCCCAGACCCGCGACCCCACAUCCCACACCUGAGACCCCAGACCCGCGACCCCACAUCCCACACCUGAGACCCCAGACCCGCGACCCCACAUCCCAGACCCCAGACCCGCGACCCCACAUCCCAGACACCCGCGACCCCACAUCCCAGACCCCAGACCCGCGACCCCACAUCCCAGACCCGCGACCCCACAUCCCAGACCCCAGACCCGCGACCCCACAUCCCAGACCCCAGACCCGCGACCCCACAUCCCAGACCCCAGACCCGCGACCCCACAUCCAAGACCCCAGACCCGCGACCCCACAUCCCACACCUGAGACCCCAGACCCGCGACCCCACAUCCCAGACCCCAGACCCGCGACCCCACAUCCCAGACCCCAGACCCGCGACCCCACAUCCCAGACCCGCGACCCCACAUCCCAGACCCCAGACCCGCGACCCCACAUCCCAGACCCCAGACCCGCGACCCCACAUCCCAGACCCCAGACCCGCGACCCCACAUCCAAGACCCCAGACCCGCGACCCCACAUCCCAGACGCAAGACCCCAGACCCCAGACCCCACAUCCCAGACCUGA